AUGAGGCAAAUUUAUAAUACCAAAAUUGAUGAAGGUACUUCAAUAAGGGAGCAUUGUCUAAGGAUGAUCUUUAAUCUAAAUACACUGGAAGUUUUAGGUGCCGAUAUUGAUGGAGAAUCCCCAGUGGAUAUGAUACUCCAAUCACUACCAGAAUCAUUCAAGGAAUUCAGACUUAAUUAUAAUAUGAACAAAAAGAUUUAUUCAUUGUUUGAAUUAAUGGUAGUGGCUGAAGGCAUUCUUGGUACAUCCAGUGUUGAUGUCUAUAUGGCUGAAACUUCUACUUCUCAACCUAAGUCGAAAGGCAAGGGUAAAAAGAAGAAGAAAAAGGACUUCACCAUGCAAGAUGGCAAACAAAUUGCCUUAGGAGUUGCCAACAAGGGAAAGAAAAAGGAGUACGCCAAAGGAAAGUGUUUCCAUUGUGGCAAGAAAGGACAUUAG